UAAUUUGCAUUACUUCACUUCUUUCGUAUCCGUUUCCCGAACGCUGUCAGUCACAAAACCGAUCAGAACCGGACAGAAUGUGCCGCGGGUAUCUCGAGAUGUGCCGGUACAUCUUGCUUCUCGUUUUUGCCUCCGUUUUCACAGACGUCGCAAUCGCGUCAUGUGUCAACAACAAGUACGAAAAUGGCUCACACGAGCGUGUGGUGUGCUCCAAUCUGACCAACUUAAAUACCGCCAUAAUUUACGGCGGAUCGCUCGUAGACAACAUGAUGAUUUUUCAAUCGCGGAUAGAGAGUAUCCCCGAUCGGUCGUUCCUGAGAUACAGUAAGAGCUUGGUAUCUUUGAACAUGCACGAAUGCGAUAUCAGAGAGAUUUCCGACCACGCUUUCGACGGUAUGAUGCUCCUGAAGAAGCUCGGUCUGUCGUACAAUAACAUCACGUCGGUGAAGGACCAGUGGUUCGUCGGUUUAACGUCUCUGGAGCAGCUGGAUCUCUCGCACAAUCACAUCGUGUCGAUCGAGUCCACGGUCUUCGAGAAACUGCGAGGCCUCAAGAGGCUCGAUGUCAGUGGGAACCGUUUGACGUGCUUGGAACCGGCCCAACUUGUGCCCAUGGCAGGCAUCGAGAAGUUCCGCUUUUCCGGGAAUCCCUUCACCUUCCAGUGCCGUGGCACGCUGACGCUGUGGUUACACGACCUGGGCAUAAAUUAUAAAACCGAGCAACAGGGGUUGGAAAACUGGUUGGACAGUAUAUUGUGGCUCUGCGCCGCGGACGACGGCAAGGUGGCUAAUUCCGAAGUCUUGAUGAAGGAAUGCGUUAUCUUGAAUCUGUUCAAUCAACUUCGCACUAGUCUAACCACGACCGAGUCCUUUCCCUUAUCUAUUCCGCAGGAUUGUAUAUACGCGAGAAACGAGCUCACGACGUGCCUCGCUACAGAUCGCAAACAUAACAGGGAAGUUAUCACCAACGGACACAUCGUGAGAAAGCUGUUACGGCAGUUGAUGGAAUCGAAAUCAACCGUAUAAGUAGUUGUAAAUUUAAAAACAAACAAUAUAUUGGUGUAAAAUAUUUUACGUUAAUUCUUUAGAAGCUAAAAAUUUCUAAUAAACAGUUUUAUGUCAGUUUUUCGUAUCAUUAACAAGAUGUUUUAAUAGACA